UUGGCAACGAGCUCAAGCACCAAACUUGAAUACUGAAAUUAGCACACAACAAUAUGAGGUUCCUCACCAAUGUCUCCGUCCCCACUUUCUUCUUCCUGCUGAUUAGCUGCUCCGCCCUCGCUCGGGCCGCUAGGUUCGAUGUCACCAACAAUUGCCCUUACACUGUGUGGGCCGCUGCAGUCCCGGGCGGCGGGCGGCCGCUCGACCGAGGCCAGAUGUGGCCCCUCGAUGUCCCCGCCGGCACGAAGGCGGCGCGGAUCUGGGCCCGUACCAAUUGCCGCUUCGACGGUGCCGGCAAGGGGAGUUGCGAGACCGGCGACUGCGGUGGGCUCCUUCAGUGCCAGGCCUACGGGAAGAGCCCCAACACGCUGGCUGAGUUCGCCCUAAACCAGUACAUGAACUUGGACUUCAUCGACAUGUCGCUCAUUGAAGGGUUCAACGUCCCGAUGGAGUUCAGCUCGACCUCCGGCGGGUGCAACCGGGUGAUCAAGUGCACGGCCGACAUCAUCGGGCAAUGCCCGGCCGCGCUGAAGGUCCCCGGCGGGUGCAACGGGCCGUGCCCGAUUUUCAAGACGGAUGAGUAUUGUUGCAAUUCGGGUAGCUGCGGGCCCACCGAUUACUCCAGGUACUUCAAACAAAGGUGUCCGGAUGCUUAUAGUUACCCCAAGGAUGAUGCCUCCAGCACUUUCACUUGCCCCGGGGGGACAAACUAUAAGGUUGUCUUCUGUCCUUGAAGACAUGACUAAUUAAGCAGUUCACCCUUCCACGAUGAGCGAAGUUCGAAGACGAAUAAAACCAGAGGAUGUAUACGUAAAUAAAUGCAUGUAAUUUCUCAUGCUAAUGCUAUAAAAAUACUUCUGUUUUAUGUUA